AAAGUUUACACGGAAAAGGUAUUUUACAGUGUACGAAUUGCAUUUUUGGUUUUAAGUGAAGUGUCUUGUGUAUUUUUUUUUGUGUUUUUUAUUGCGGCAUAUGUCUGAUAGUGGUGUGACGCGUUGUUUAUAAAUAAUGGCCGAGAAAAAUCACCUCAAAAUGCGCCUCAUCCUCGGCGUGUUGACGCUCACAAGCCUGGCCUAUUGCCAGGAAACUUGCCAGACCGCUGAUGAGGACCCCUAUCUUCUUUUCGGCACCAAAACAGCUUACACCUUCGCUAACAAAGGCAUUCCGGUCAACAGAGCUCAUGAUAUACCCGGUUGUCAACCAAUCGCAAUUUGGUUGCUGAACCGCCACGGCUCCCACAAUCCCGAGGCAGACGAAAUACCAGAUCUCCAGAAGUUAACAGAUCUUAAAAAUAAUAUCAUCGCGAACUACAAGAAUGGCAACUUUAGGAACACUAAUAUCCGUAUGUGCACAUCGGACGUCAAUCUCCUAGAGCGAUGGGAAUGGAAUUCUCGUCAGAACGUGACAUUCGCUGGAGAACUUACCAGCGACGGAUAUAUAUCCACUCAGGAGCUGGCACAAGCUUGGAAACAACGGUUCCCUGGACUACUGACAGAUAAUAGACACGAUUAUUUGUUCAAAUUUGUGAACGACCAGCGGUCGGAAACAACGUUCCGCGCUUUCACCGAAGGUCUGUUCAGGUCUCAGGCAGACAAUUACGAUAUACCGAAGGAAAGCGAUGAGAAGUUACUGAGGCCUUAUAAAUUCUGCCCAUCAUGGACCAAACAAGUCGAAGAGAAUAACGACACUUUGUCACAGUUACGGACGUUCGAGUCAAAACAAGAAUUUAAAGAGAUGAUAACCAACAUAUCCCUUCGAAUGGGCUUCAACUAUGACGUCCAGCGUGAGGUAGUCCAGCGAGCGUACGACAUGUGCCGAUAUAACAAGGCCUGGAAUGUGGCACAAAUAUCUCCCUGGUGUGCUGUUUUUUCCAAAGACGAUCUGAAGCGUCUAGAGUACGCAGAAGACUUGGAGACUUAUUACAAAUACGGCUACGGUUCAUACAUGAAUCAACAGAUAGGAUGUACCGGCGUCAAGGAUAUGAUGGACUUCUUUAAAAUACACGUUGAACAUGAAACUCCACAACAGCCGCGCGCGACCGUUCACUUCACUGAGGCGGCCAUGUUGUUUCUGUCGUUGACGUCUUUUGGCGCGAGACGUGACGCCGCGCCGCUCACGGGCGACAACUAUCACACGCCGACAGCCACCGCUCGCCACUGGACAUCCUCUAGCAUUUCACCGUACAAUGCGAAUCUUGCUGCUAUACUGUACAAAUGCACACCAAAUAGCAAUUUCCAAAUUAACGACAAAUAUCAGGUGCUAUUCUUGGAGAACGAGAGACCUUUAUACCUCGAGGGAUGUCGAGUUGGUCUGUGCGAAUGGAACCUUGUCAAGAAUCGCUUCGGUUUGAUCGCUGACAAUUGCAAUUUAAAUUUCUGCAACUCAGCCACUAAAGCCAACAGCAUCGGCUUAAGUUUAGCUGUAUUUGUGUUCAUAACCAAAUAUAUAUUCUAGGAUUUUAUCGAACAUUUGCUAUUCUUCAAUAAUUAAAAUUUUACUAAUUAAAAGACAAGUUUGAUGAUGUUAGUGAUACUACUAGCAACACUGAAAUAUGCAUGUCUAUGAGUCUGGCAAAUAUAGGACUCUGAAUGUGAUUCAAGUCCUUACAAAAUAUCUUAAUUAUCUUCGUAGUAGUAUAGCUUAGGUAUGUCCUUCGGUUACUUAUGACUAGUAAGCGACUAUUUUAGCGGUUUUUUGUAUAUUAUUGUUUAACCUUUUUUCAGAUCAUGAUUUAAAUUAAUCAUGACAAUACAUAAAUUAUUUUUAAACCUUCCCCAAUGACAUUCUAAAUAUGUAUACAUAUAUGUAUUAUGAAAUUUAAUUCCCAAUUAUUGUUAUUCUUUCUAACUUUGAUUCAGCGUCGGUUUUAUAAUGAAAUUGUAAUAGCAAACCGCUUUUUUGGCAAUCAAUUCUAUUUUUCUUUGGAAAUUUUAUUAAUUCAAAAUUUAUGUACCUGUGGAACAAAUAGGAUAGCCACGUAAUAAAACAAGAUCGCCUCUGUGUGUAGCUUAAGAAUUUUGUUAUUUUCUAUACUAUAUAAUAUGUUUGUGUUGUUUUAAAAUAAUUAAUUAUAUCACGACAAGUUAAUCAGUCAUUAUAAAAAUAUAUUUGAUUUAUAAUGACUCGUGUCGUCUAUCUGACGAGGAAAAUAUACCAUAAUAUUUAAGAGUCACUUUUUUGUUCUUCAUUUGAGAUGUCUAAAGACAAGUCAACGUCUAAUUAAGACAAAAAAAAUAUUCUGAUGUACAAUAAGCUAUAAUAGGCUUCGCAUUUUUCGUUUUAAUCAAAUAUUUUAAAAAAUAUAAAUGUUCACUUUACUGUUAAGUAGUGUUGCGCAACUAUAACGCACUUUAUUAUAAAUAAAAGCUUUACUCCUAUAUAUAAAAAUAUCAAAAUAUAAAUAUAUUUUUUUAAAUAUAUCUGAUAAAAUUUUUAGUUCAAUGGUAUGUUACAUAUUAAGUUUUAAUAUUUUUUUUAUUCAUAUUGUUACGUUUCUUAACUGUUCUUUUUGUUCUUUUGUUAUUUAUAUAUCUUUAUUUUAUAAUGGCAACACAGUCAUACACUAUAUUCUAUAAUGCUAUAUUAAUUGUAGGUUAUUAAUUAUUAUUAAACAGCUGUCUCUGUAAAUCGGCUUUUAAACAUAAGCACAUAUAUAAUUUCAUUGUUGUUGUUGUUGUGCACCGUUUCGUGUAAUAAUUUUAAUAAAUGUGUUACAAACUA